AUGUCGCUCGUCCCAACCGGUGCCCCUCGUGAUGCCGCUAUCACCAUCGGCCCCUUCAAGCCGGCACGACCCGGUUACGGCCCAGUACUCUCCUACCUCCAAGCAGCCCAGCUCACAACACCACUCAAGAUUCACCCCCUUCUGCAGCUCCGUACUUGGGACCCCAAACCCUACCCAAAGUAUCUGGCUUGGAAUGCUAUCGAGGUGGGUCUCUUGCUUCUGGUGAAGGGGGCGGAUAAGGCAAGGAGCACGGGAAGGGAGGGGACAAAGGAGGGGCGAAUGUCGGAAGAAUGA